UUUUUGUGGCGUUCGCAGUGCACUCUGGGAGGUUUGUCCUCUUAGAUGUCAUUGUUGUGAAUUCUGCUUUAGUUUGGAAAGUGUAGUAAAAUUAGGAUGACUGGAUACACAGCGGAUGAAAAGCUCCGAUAUGAGCAGUUGAUAAAGCUUCGGCGACAGUGGCUGAAAGAUCAGGAGCUCACUUCUCGAGAGCCUGUCACUGCACCCAAACCACCUGGCCGCAUCGCCCGAUUCUGGGCUGGAUUCCUGGAGCCCAAGACGCUCUGGAGAUUAUACACUUUUAAAGCUUAUAAUGCUGGUGUGUUUGCUGUCACGCGCCUUCUCAUUCCUGCAUGGGUUGUGCACUACUACAUGAAGUACCACGUCGCUAAAAUGCCAUAUGGAAUUGUUGAUUUAAAACCCAGGCUGUUCCCUGGAGACGUUGUUUUGGAAACUGGAGAAGUUGUCCCAGACCUUCCUGAAGCAGAUUCCCAUGGUCAUCAUUAAACAUGCCAUAUUAUGUUCUGAAAAUCUGCUUCUAUUGUAAAAUUUUGUGUGUAUAUUAUGUCAAUAAAGAUUAUUGAUUCUGAA